AGAUCACGAGGUGGGUAUGCGUGGCUUGUAAGGGCGAAUGUAGAUGGUGUCAGGCAGCACUGGAUUGAUGCUCGAAAUUGUUUGAAUUCUAACUGGUUAAGAUUUGUUAAUUGCUCCAGAUUCGAUGAGGAGCAAAACCUCGUGACAGUUCAAUAUAGGGGGAAGAUAUACUACAGAGCAUGCAAA